AUCAUCUCGGACACGUGGAUAUCGUCGCUGUCAAGAAGGAUUGCAAGAAGGAAGUAAAUCACCCGAUUAUCGAGGUUCGCGAGGUUACUUCAAACGUUGUAGAAGAAGACAAAUUAUGGAUCCCGAUAGCUUCAAGGAUUACGCCAAGGAGAUGGCGGAAUACAUCACAAAUUAUUUGGAAAAUAUUAGAGACAGGAAGGUAUUGCCUACAGUGGAACCGGGAUACAUGAAACCCCUCUUGCCAUCCGAAGCACCACAGACUCCUGAACAAUGGCAGGAUAUAAUGGCCGAUAUUGAAAGAAUAAUAAUGCCAGGAGUUACUCAUUGGCACAGUCCAAAAUUCCACGCAUACUUUCCUACUGCGCAAUCGUAUCCCUCGAUUCUGGCCGAUAUGUUAAGCGGAGCUAUUGCAUGCAUUGGAUUCACAUGGAUCGCGAGUCCGGCUUGUACAGAAUUAGAAGUAAUCGUAUUGGAUUGGCUAGGAAAAAUGCUAAACUUGCCGAAAGAAUUUCUUGCCUGUAGCGGUGGGAAAGGCGGUGGCGUCAUCCAGGGCACUGCUAGCGAAGCCACUUUGGUAGCGUUACUAGGAGCAAAAGCCAAGAAAAUACGGCAAGUUAAAGAGCAGCAUCCUGAUUGGACGGAAAACGAGAUCAUUAGCAAAUUAAUCGCAUACUGUUCUUGUCAAGCACAUAGUUCGGUUGAACGCGCUGGACUUCUCGGUGGAGUAAAGUUCAGACAAUUGGAAGUUGAUGAAAAAUAUAAGUUGCGCGGCGACACAUUUGCCGAAGCAAUCAGAAAGGAUAGAGAGCAGGGAUUCAUACCAUUUUAUGCUGUCGCUACUUUGGGUACCACUGUUAAUUGCGCCUUUGAUCGUCUCGAUGAAAUGGGCAUUGUAGCAAAUCGUGAAGACAUUUGGUUGCAUGUGGACGCCGCUUAUGCAGGAUCUUCUUUUAUUUGUCCGGAAUUUAGAUAUUUAAUGAAAGGUAUCGAAUUGGCAGAUUCAUUCAAUUUCAACCCACAUAAAUGGAUGUUAGUUAAUUUCGAUUGCUCUGCCAUGUGGCUUAAGGAUCCAACAUACGUCAUAAACGCUUUCAACGUUGAUCCUUUGUACCUGAAGCACGAUAUGCAAGGUUCGGCACCGGAUUAUAGGCAUUGGCAGAUUCCACUUGGACGCAGAUUCCGAUCUCUAAAACUGUGGUUCGUAUUGAGACUCUACGGAGUUGAGAACCUUCAAAAAUUUAUCAGGUCGCACGUCGCUCAAGCACACGAAUUCGAAGCAUUAGUUCUCUCCGAUUCUCGCUUCGAAAUCGUGGGCGAAGUUCUGAUGGGAUUGGUUUGUUUCCGAUUGAAAGGAUCCAACGAACUCAAUGAAACUCUAUUAAAGAGAAUCAAUGGUGCAGGAAAUAUCCAUCUUGUCCCGUCAAAAAUAAAGGACACGUACUUCCUGCGACUCGCCGUCUGUUCUCGAUUUAGCGAGAGCAAAGAUAUACAGUAUUCCUGGAAAGAGAUCAAGCUGAGAGCUAACGAAAUCCUCGAAGAACAAUCGCUUUCAAAGUGAUGGCGCGCUCAGAUAGCUCGCGGUUGCAGAUCGCUGGCGCCUGCGACAUGCAACCAAUCCUAAUUACAAGUAUUUCCUAAACCCAGCGGCUCUUAAGGACUAAAUAGGUAAUAAAACAGCGAAUGAUUGAGCGAUCAGGCAGUUAUGCUAUGCAUAAGUUAAUCUCAAAGUUAAUCUAUAUUAGUAAAAAUAAAUAUUUAUUAUUAUUUGUAAAUUAUGAUUUUUGCAAAAGUGUUUAUAUUACGAGUAUUUACAUAAUAUUUCAAGAAUGCAGAAUUUAUUUGCUGGCUAAUGUAUUCUAAGUUCUUUAGUAGCUAUUGUAGCUAUUGUGGCCUAAUUAAUCAGAUAUUCAUUAAAAAUUGACAAACGAAUAAUAGUCACUAGUAAAAUUUUACUAAAAUCAACUACAGAAUCAAAGAAUUUAAAUGUGGCAAAAUUUGGAUUCGACGUGCGAUCUGAUAAACUUUUGAAGGUUCUCAACCCUAUAGAAUCUCAAUACGAACCACAGUUAUAGAGAUCGGAAUCUACGUUCAAAUGGAAUUUUGUGUAACAAAGUACACGUAAAUAUCAAAUAUAGGUAUGUAUUUCGAAAUUUUGAUU